CGAAACAUUUGUUUGGCCAACCUCUAGCAUGCAAUGUUUUGGGAAGUUCCAGGAACGUUCGGAGGCUGAUGACCGUCGUCCAUUUGACAUCAAAUAACUUUACAUCUGAAGCGUUUAAAGCUUUAUCGUGUUUCAGGCGUCACCAAACUGAAGCUGAACCGUACGAGCAGUGCCCAGGAAAUUGGAUCAAGUCGGCUUCACUUCUCCCUAUUCGAGUCUUACAGAGUGGCUCUGUUAAUUUCUUUCAUGGCUACUAUGAGCUCGUAGCACGCUCCACGAAUUGUCAGAGUGUGACUGUAAUUUUACAAUCGUCUUAUUAACACUUUAACCAAAUGACUCAAGCAGAGAGAGAGCAAGAGAAUGGAAAAGAGAAAGAAAAAGAACGAGAGAAGGAUAAAGAAAAGGAACAGCGUGGCGUGAAAAGACCGAUUGUCCCAGCCGCUAUUGCAGAGCCUUUGCAAGAGCCUAUACAAACCACCUCCAUUGUUGUGAUCCAUCCUGGAUCCAAAAGCCUGAGAAUAGGUCGAGCCACAGACACCCUGCCAGUGAUCGUUCCGCACGUCAUCGCCCGAAGACAUAAACAACCUGGUCAGUCUCGACAUGAGGACCGCUGGCUCUUGAGGGAUGGACUGAAUAAACCAGAAAGUAACGAGCAGAGACAAAAUGGCAUCAAAAUGGUGGAUCAAGCCAUCUGGUCAAAGAAAAUGUCGAAUGGAGUUAGACGAACGCCAGUAUCUGCAGAACAGGCAAGAGCUUACAACAGACAGAUUCGGCCCGCCGUGCUGGAUCCUACUGCCAGGGUGAAGUGGACAAACACAAGCCACAAGCCAGACUAUUUGGUUGGGGAGGAGGCCCUGUAUGUGAACCCAACAGACAGCUAUAACCUCCACUGGCCAAUAUGCAGGGGGCAGCUCAACAUCCACGGGGGUCCGGGCGGGUCACUGACUGCUGUCCUUGCUGAUCUAGAGGCCAUCUGGUCCCAUGCUAUCCAGAAACUUCUGGAAAUCCCUCUGAAGGACCUUAAGUAUCACAGAUGCAUCCUGCUUGUCCCUGACAUCUACAACAGACAGCAUGUCAAGGAGAUGGUUAACAUGUUACUGAAUAACAUUGGAUUCUCAGCUAUCGUGGUGCACCAGGAGUCGGUAUGUGCCACCUACGGCAGUGGGCUGAGCAGUGCCUGCGUGGUGGACGUGGGUGACCAGAAGACCAGCCUGUGCUGUGUGGAGGAUGGGGUGUCCCAUCGGAGCUCCAGGCUGUGCCUGGCGUAUGGAGGCUCUGAUGUGACACGAUGCUUCUUCUGGCUGCUGCAGCGGGCAGGCUUCCCCUACAGGGAUUGCCAGCUGACCAACCGCAUGGACUGCAUGCUUCUGCAGCAGCUCAAAGAGACCUUCUGCCACCUGGACCAGGAUAUUUCUGGACUCCAGGACCAUGAGUUUCGCACACGUUUCCCAGAAUCCCCAGUGCUCCUGUAUCAGUGCCGUCUUGGGGAUGAGAAACUUCAGGCCCCCAUGGCUCUGUUCUACCCAGCUACAUUUGGCAUUGUGGGCCAGAAGAUGACCUCGCUGCAGCAGCGGGCACAGGGGGACUCUGAAGAUCCUCACGACGAGCACUACUUGCUGUCCACCCAGAGCAAACAAGACCAGUCGUCCAAAGCCACCGCUGAGCGGAAGUCUCUGCCCAAACCGCUGGGCUUUGAGGGCGAGUCCAGCAGCCAGGGCGGCGAGCCGUCUGAGCGGGGCCUUCAUGGCCAGGAGGUGGAACUGGGCCAUGGCCAGGGAGAAUGCCUGAUGGGCGGCUCAGAGGUGGAAGACUCGCCCUCAGCGCUGCUGUCCCGCAGGACGGCCAUGUCGCAGUUUGAGGGAAAAGCGCUGGGCCUGGACAAAGCCAUUCUACACUGUAUAGACUGCUGUGCAUCUGACGAGACCAAACGCAAGAUGUACAGCUCCAUCCUUGUGGUGGGGGGAGGCCUGCUGUUCCAUGGCGCACAGGAGUUUCUGCAGCACCGCAUCCUCAAUAAGAUGCCCCCAUCUUUCCGCCGGGUAGUGGAGAACGUGGAGGUCAUCACGCGACCAAAGGAUAUGGAUCCACGGCUGAUAGCCUGGAAGGGCGGAGCAGUGCUGGCCUGUCUGGACACGACCCAGGAGAUGUGGAUUCACCAGUGUGAGUGGCAGCGCUUUGGGGUCCGGAUGCUCAGGGAGAGGGCAGCAUUUGUCUGGUGACUCCAGUAUACAAAUUGUGUGUGUGUCUGUCUCUCAGAGAGAGAGAGAGAGAGAGAUUUAACCUGUUUUUGAUGUGAAAAUGUUUUUUGUACAGUGUUUAAAAAUAUAAAUAAAAAUCAAGCUUUGAGA